UUUCAUUGAAAAAAUGCGGAAGCAUUUCUUUUCACGAUACUCCUAAACUCGUGUCCCACAAAGUUUAGUGGAAUCAAUAUGAACCGGACGAUGGUGGUUGCGCGUCAUCUAUCGGUCACGUUGUGCUCGUAAAGGAAAUAGGAAAAAACAUUUGCCGCAUAGCAUAAAUCCAAAGUGCGUAUGGGGAUGUUGACAGUGUUUUCAAAGUGAAAAACUUUGUUUUCUUUUGUAUAAAAGUAAGGUUAUUAACAUGUGGUGACAAUGUAGAAGAAUAUACUAUUCUCGAAUUUAAAUGAGUAGUUUUGGGGCAACUUAGGGUUUGUGUUUUAUGAAUGAAAAGUCGGGAAAAAUGCCAACAACGCAUUAGCGACGUUUAGCGCGGGGUACUAUCAAGAUGGCGGUAGUGCACUGCAGAUAAACAUAACCUCUUUAACCUACUUGGAAAAAUGAGGGUGAUGGUAAGACAACACGUAUAGAAUCCAACUGAAGCUGGUGAAUUGUAGAUCAAUAGUAUUGUUGGUGGUAUGGAUGAACCGUAACUAAAAAUCAGCUUUUAUGCCAAAUAAUGCUGACUAUAUUGUUCUGGCUAUGGUCUCUCAUACGCACCCUAAGACAUGUCCCUCACUCCCCGCCACCUGUAAAUGAACCCCCGGAAGUGCCUACGCCAUCCCUAGAAAUUCCACCGGCGCCUUCGCCGGAAUCGCAAUCACCUGAUUUAGAACACCCCAGCGAGCUUUCGUCCUUUACGAGGAUCUCCUCAGAAAGUAGACCAUCACUGUCCGGAUCUAGAUAUUCUCCUUUCUCAAGAGACUCCUCAGUAGAAUACGGCAACGAAAGCAGGCAUUCCGUCACAAGCAUAUCAUCAUUUUCAACUUAUUCGGCAUCAUCGAGAAGAUACGAAAUCAUCGGGCAAAGAUCUAUGGACUCGAGGGCCAGCGUCACCAGUUUGUAUUCAACGGACUUGUCAUCUCGACGAGACUCAGAAGCUAUCCCGGAACACGAAUUCGAACACGAAGACUCUACAGACUCCAAAACAUCAUUCGCCUCAGCCAGCAGUGUCUUGUCUUCGGACAGCGCGAGACGGCUCUCUGAUAAUUUGGCGCGAAGACGACGUUCUUCAGCGCGCUCUGCGCAAGUCAGGAGACACACGAGAAGGUAUCCUUUAACGUACGACCGAAGAAGGACGACCGGAAGUUUUGAUGUUGAAAAUGGAGCUAGUCCAGGAAGAAGCCCUCUGGAUGGAGCAGCUUCACCAUCCGCAGGGUUGGUUCUUCAAAACCUUCCGCAAAGAAGGGAGAGUUUCCUGUACAGAUCAGAUAGCGAUUUUGAAAUGUCGCCAAAAUCAAUGUCAAGGAACUCCUCCAUAGCAAGCGAAAGAUUCAAGGAGACAGAAACCGUUUUGGAUAGAUCCCAUGGGGAAGACCUUAUCGUCACGCCAUUCGCACAAAUUCUUGCCAGUUUACGCAGCGUUCGAAACAACUUUCUCCAUCUCACCAAUGUGCCCACAAACAAAUCUCGUCGAUCAUCAGGGGCUGCAGCAACUGCACCACCACCACCCAGAAAUGUUAAUUACGGAGAUGAUUCAUACAUGAAAAUGGCACUUGAAACGAUGGAAGAAUUAGAUUGGUGCUUAGACCAACUCGAAACUAUACAAACACAUCGUUCAGUAUCGGAUAUGGCGUCCUUGAAGUUCAAACGUAUGCUAAACAAGGAACUGUCCCAUUUCUCAGAAUCCAGCAAAUCUGGCAACCAAAUAUCUGAAUAUAUCUGCUCCACAUUUCUUGAUAAACAACAAGAAUUGGAUAUACCAUCUUUGCGAAUUGAUGAAGGUAGCGAGAAUGUUUCAAAAGCAGUACCACGUAAAGAAAGGCCAAGGGGUCCUCACACAACGAUGUCCCAAAUAUCUGGCAUUAAUAGAAAGCCGUUGUGUCACACGAAUUCCUUCACCGGCGAGAGACUUCCGCUUCACGGUGUUGAAACUCCGCAUGAAGAUAUGUUGGGCAAAUGUUUGAUAGAGAUCGAUCGUUGGGGAAUCGAUAUAUUCAAGAUCGAGGAACUGAGCAACGGACGGCCAUUGACUUGUGUGGCUUACACCACCUUCACCUCGAGAGACCUUCUCAAACAGCUGAUGAUCCCGCCAAAGACCUUCGUGACCUUCAUGAUGACACUCGAAGAUCACUACGUUAAAGACAACCCAUUUCACAAUUCGAUGCAUGCUGCCGAUGUGACCCAGAGUACCCACGUCUUGUUGAACACCCCUGCUUUGGAAUCGGUGUUCACUCCAUUGGAAAUAAUGGCGGCACUUUUCGCAGCGUGUAUUCACGACGUUGAUCACCCUGGCCUCACAAAUCAGUUUCUCAUCAACUCCAGCUCGGAACUUGCCUUAAUGUAUAACGACGAGAGCGUGCUCGAAAAUCAUCAUCUGGCCGUUGCGUUCAAACUUUUGCAGAACGAUGGUUGCGAUAUAUUCUGCAACAUGGCCAAAAAGCAAAGGCAAACUGUAAGAAAAAUGGUUAUCGAUAUGGUGCUUAGUACUGAUAUGUCAAAGCACAUGAGUCUCCUCGCCGAUUUAAAGACGAUGGUUGAGACCAAAAAAGUAGCCGGUUCUGGUGUUCUAUUGCUAGAUAACUACACGGAUCGUAUACAAGUAUUAGAGAAUCUAGUUCAUUGUGCCGACUUGAGCAACCCUACGAAACCCUUAGCUUUGUACAGGAGGUGGGUGGAUCUCCUAAUGGAAGAAUUCUUCAGACAGGGCGAUAGAGAGAGGGAAGCCCAUAUGGAUAUUAGUCCGAUGUGUGAUAGACACUCCGCGACUAUAGAGAAAACCCAAGUGGGCUUCAUCGACUAUAUCGUUCAUCCAUUAUGGGAGACUUGGGCAGAUUUGGUCCACCCAGACGCACAAGACAUCCUGGAUACAUUAGAAGAAAACCGCGACUGGUACCAAAGCAUGAUACCGCCGAGUCCGCCAGCGGAGGAGGCGCCGGACCCUCAAAAGCCCGGGAUUAGGUUACAAGUGACGCUUGAAGAAGGUGAAGCCGAAGCGGAGGCCCCAAUGUGACGGAGGCUGCUGGGCCUCUGCAGGAAGCUGACCGAAAAGGUGCAGCAGUGGUGGCGUGUACGGCAAUAAGGCGCUGGCGCCCCGAACUUGCCACCCCGCGCUGGCGCGGCCUUCAUUCACUUUCUUCGCAUCGCUUCUGACUGAAUCUCUCAUUUAACGUGUUAUUUACACGUUCAUCCCCGAUCCCCGCAACACGUAAAUUAUUAUGAAACAAACCAAUAAAAAAAUCUAUACAAAAAAAAAGAAUAAAUAAAGUAACCCAAAGGGAGUGUAUGUUCUGUUUGGCCUUCCCAAGAACCCUCGUUAUGCCUUACUUGUAGGAAUGAGUCGUGCCCUGCUCUCAGUACUGAACAUCUGUAUAUAUUUCAUAAUGUCUGUCAGUGUAAUACUCAGCCCCAUAUAUGUAUAGAUAAAUACGUGUCAUAUGUCAAGCUAUGUUACACAAAUAAAGCUCUCUCCAUUUUAAA